AUGUUUGAAGCAAGAUUAGCUAAAAGUGCUAUUUUAAAAAAGGUUUUAGAUGCAAUUAAAGAACUCCUUAAUGAGGCGAGUUUUGAUUGUUCAGAUGCUGGAAUCCAACUCCAAGCUAUGGACAGUUCCCAUGUUUCCUUAGUUUCCCUUAACUUAAAAUGUGAUGGUUUUGAUAAAUACAGAUGCGAUAGAAAUAUGAGUAUGGGAAUGAAUAUUGGAAGUUUAGUUAAAAUUUUAAAAUGUGCUGGAGUAGAUGAUGUAGUGACAAUCAGAGCUCUCGAUAAUCCUGACACUGUCACUUUUGUGUUCGAGUCAGAACAUCAGGAAAAAGUUUCAGAUUAUGAAAUGAAAUUGAUGAAUUUAGAUCAAGAGCAUUUAGGAAUUCCUGAUACUGAAUAUGCUUGUGUGGUUAAAAUGCCAACAAUGGAAUUUGCUAGAAUAUGCAGAGACUUAAGUCAGUUUGGGGAAAGUAUUGGUAUAACAUGCACCAAAGAUGGUAUUCAAUUUAGUUCUUCGGGAGACAUUGGCUCAGCCAACAUUAAACUCGUACAGACUGCUAACAUUGAUAAAGAAGAAGAGGCAGUAAUAAUUGAAAAACAAGAAGCUGUAAGCUUAACAUUUUCUUGCCAGUACCUAAAUAAAUUUACCAAGGCAUCACCAUUAUCAAAUCAGGUUAAAUUAUCCAUGAGUCAUGAUGUACCAUUAAUGUUGGAAUAUGGCAUUGCUGAUUUUGGUUACAUGAGGUUUUAUCUUGCACCUAAAAUCGAAGAUGAAGAAAACUGA